AUGGCCGACAUAAAUGACGCAUCUCCUUCAGAGAGUGAGAUCGACACAGGAAACAUAGGGAGCAUUGACAAAGAAGACCUGGAUGGCCUUUCAAACAACGAUAGCAUUACUCUAAGAACCUCACCGACGCCAUUUGAAGAGGACUUUCCUGACAUACCCGAUACUCAGAUCGCAUACGCUCUACGCAAAAGAACCGAAAAGAACAGGUCAUAUACUUUCUUGGACCAGGAUACGUCAGGGAACUUUGAUCCGUUCAAGGAAAAGCGUACCCCUAAGAAGAAUAAGACUUACGCUGUGAAAUUUCCUAAAAAGGUUCCCGUGAAGGCGCAAGGUAGCAAGCUGGACAAGGCGAGCAAGACGAGCAAGACGCAUAAUGCCCGUAAUGCUCGCAAAUUCACUGCCACCCGCAAAACCACCAAAGGCAAGAAUAAAGUAAAGUCUAAGACCUCACCAUCUAUAGGGCAAGAGCAAGGCAAAGCCGAGAAACCGCCCCGUAUUGUUGAGCCCCGCUUCAGCGACUACCUUACUCCGGAAGCUUUGUGGAUACAACCAGUAGUGUCGCGCUCUCCAAGCCCAGACAUUCUCGAAGACACGGCUGGAAACAGGGGCCAAGUCAUUCAGAUGAAGACUAGUUUCACACAUCCAAUUCAAUUCGGUGUCGGUGUUGGAGAUGUUGAUACCUUGGACUGUAGCUUCUGCAAUAUGGCCGAAUUUAGCUUUGUUGGCUAUUUUGAGCAAGAGGUGUACUGCAUACGCUGGGAGGACGGGUGUGGAUAUACACAUAUAGGCGGCGGUCAGACUGAGAACGAUCAAACCAGCAUGUGCCGGUCAUGCGCAAUAGACCGGUUACAGAUCAUAUCGUGCGACAAUCAUAACAUUCAACGCAUAUACCCAGACACUGUUACCGUGGAAUUUGCACAGACUCUCGAUGAUUUGCUUACAGAGGAAGACCCCGCUACAACCAAAAAGCAGUUACUACGAUGGUGCUCUAUGUGCUUUUCACCUGCAGUACUCGCCUGUUGUAAGCGUCAGUCAUCACUGGUUUCCGAAGAUGAUGAGAUUGACGGUUGUGGCCUGAGACUCUGCGCGGCCUGUGAGAUAAGGCUCAGAGAAACAUUUGAGGGGGAUAUAAGUGCUAUGGCUACUACGCUGGAUGGCGAGGACAAAGCUAAAGAAGACGACGAGGAUCUGCAUGGGAAGGUCAGAGCGGAUGUUGGGUUCCUGAACGCAGAUGGAAUCUUGAUGAAUAAUCUGGCAAUCGCAACCGAGGACGAGGGUGAAUAA